UACUUCCUCUUUCUUCGCUACGCCGAUCGCCGCGACAUCACUCUUUACCUCAUCGGUACAGCCGCCGCAAUCCUCGCCGGCCUCGCUUUUCCCGGUCUUGACCUUCUCUACGGUCUGUUCACUACCAAUGUCACCGGAAACUCGCCACCUUCCUUCAUUCGCGACAAGGCACGCAUCGCCGCUCUCGGCACCACCGGAAUCGCAGCGGGCGAAUUGAUCUUCACAUGGAUCUUCCUGACGUGUUUCAACAUUGCUGGAACCAGGGUUGGGCAGAGGAUCAGAAAGGAAUACUUUGCGAGCGUCUUGAGGCAGGAUGUGGAGUUCUUUGAUAAAGUCGGUGCUGGGGAGGUGAGCACUCGCAUGACUAAAGACAUUGGGACGAUCCAAGCAGGUAUCGCGGAGAAAGCCGGCUUCUUCGUUUGGUCUGCUACUACACUGGUCGUGGGUAUCAUUGUCGGGUUCAUCAAGACACGGAAGCUUGCCGGAGUUUUGUUUGCGAUGAUUCCCUUCACUCUGAUCUGCUUUGGGUUCGCCGGGUGGUUGGGAAACAAGUCUUCCGCUAUCUCCAUGCAGAAAGAAGGUACUGCAUCGACCUUCCUGGAGCAAAUCGUUUCUUCUAUUCGGGUGGUGCAUGCAUUUGGUUCUCAGCGCACACUCACGAACCUUUACGACAAUCACCUCGUUGAGAUCGAGCGCGCAGGGAAGCUUAAGGCUGUCACUCGUGGUGUGGAGCAAUCAUCGGUGUACUUCAUUCUCUGCAUUUCCUAUUCCCUCGCGUACUGGUACGGCUCAAUUGUUAUUACGCGCGAUGGGGUACCGGUCGGAAAUGUCCUCACCACAUUCUGGAACUUUAUGAAUGGUAUUUUCGCGAUGGCGAACAUCAUUCCUCAUGUUGCUGCUAUGUUUGAAGCUGCCGCUGCGCAGAAUCACAUCUUUGGCGAUAUCGAUCGUCAACCGAAGAUUGAUAUCAGGGAUGAGCGGGGGAUCAAGGGUGGAGAUGUCCAGGGUGCGGAGGUUGAGGUCAGGAAUUUGACGUUCGAGUAUCCGGGAAGGAAAGGAUUAAAGAGCUUGGAUAACGUGAGCUUAGCCUUCCCGGAUAAGUCGUUCACGGCCAUCGUCGGUGCAUCCGGAUCAGGCAAAUCGACAAUCGUCUCCCUACUCCUACGCUUCUAUGAUCCGGAGCAGGGCAAUGGGGGGAUCUACCUCAAUGGAAAAGAAUUGCGGGAGUACAACCUCCUCUGGCUUCGUCGACAGGUCGCCAUCGUACAACAAGAACCGGUUCUCUUCAACGCUACGAUCUUUGAGAACAUCGCUUUUGGACUUACGGGGACGGAGUGGGAGUACAGGUCAGGUCACGAACAGGAUGAGGCGCGGUUGAGAAAGAUCAGGGACAUGUGUGAGCGCGCUGCGCGCCGUGCGCAGGCAUGGAGUUUCAUCGAGAAGUUACCUGAGGGUUUCGAUACCGUUGUCGGUGCCCGUUCCCUCCUCUCCGGUGGACAGCGACAGCGACUUGCGAUAGCUCGUGCACUCGUCCGCGAACCCGCCCUCCUCAUUCUCGACGAAGCUACCUCCGCCCUGGAUUCCUCCUCAGAAAUGGCGGUACAGAAGGCGUUGCGGGAAGAAGGUGCGCAUGUACCGACUAUGAUCGUCAUUGCGCAUCGAUUGUCGACGAUUACGAAUGCGGAUAGUAUUGUGGUGAUGGAGAAGGGAAGGGUGGUUGAGCAGGGAACGCAUGAGUGGUUGCUUGAGAAGGAGGGUGCGUAUUGGAAGUUGAUUGAGAAGCAGAGGAGGCAUGCGGCGAGGAGGGGAAGUCUGCAGAGGAUAUAUUCUGGACUAGGAGCCGGUACUCCGCGGGAGACGUUGACAAAGCAGUUGAGUCUGGUGCAAAGCCUGGAAGGGACGAUGCAGCCCAUCGGCGAGGAUGAAGAGGAAGACGAUGAACAACCUGCUCGGUCCACAGAAAAGGAUGUCGAGAAAGCUGAAGAGAAGAAGAAGAAAUACCGUUUCUUCACUGUCCUCCGCCGCUACCAAUCUUACGCCCACCAACAAGCACUCUUCGUCUUCCUCGGCGUCAUCACAGCCCUCAUCGUCGGUGCCUCCUUCCCCGUCAUGGGUUACCUGACAGGACGAACCGUCACUGACCUUUCCAUGCGUGACAACGACUCCCUUCUCCGUUCCAGAGUCGACAUGUGGGCGCUCUGGUUUUUCAUCAUUGGCAUUAUCGUCCUCAUCGUUGCGUUCUUGAAUGGAUUCUUCUUCGAGUACGGGAGCGAGCGGAUGACGCGAGUCCUGAGACGGGUGGGGUUGGAGAACGUUAUGAAGCAAGAAAUUGGGUUCUUUGAUCGGGAGGAGAACGCUGUCGGAGCGCUGGUCAGCUCGAUCUCGAGUCAUCCAUCGAAUGUGUCAGCGGCGACGGGCUUGAUCUUUUCUCAGAUCAUCAUCUCGACAUGUAACUUGGUCGGUUCGGUCAUUCUCUCCGUCGUGCUUAGCUGGAAGCUGGGUCUGGUAUGCUUGGCGCCUGUCAUUGUCCUGUUGGCUUCUGGGUACAUCAACGUCGCAGUCUUGGAAAAGUACGAGGAGAAGAAUCAGGGAUCGACGGAUAAAGCAUCCGCGUACGCGAAUGAGAACGUUGACAGCAUCAAGACUGUCGCCGCCCUUACCCGUGAAUCUGAGGUCCUUCGUGUAUACGAGGAACAGCUCCGUCCAGACCCAUCCCGUAUGAUCUACCUACUGGGUGGAGCAGGCGGUUUCGCCGUCUCUCAAGCCAUGAUCUUCUUCAUCGCGGCUUUGACGUUCUGGUGGGGAGCAGAGCUGCUGGCGCGGGGCGAAGUGGGGUAUACCGCACUUUUCGCAACCUUCGAGGCGGUAAUCAUCGCGGCGUUUGCUGGUGGGAGGUUGUUUACGUUCGUGCCGGAUAUCUCGCGGGCCGUGCAUUCAAUGAAGUCUAUCCUACGGUGGGCGGACCGGAAGCCGAGAUAUGCUGAUGAGGGGAUCAUGAUGGAUGAGAAGUGUGAGGUGAAGGGGGAGUUUGUGUUUGAGGGUGUGACGUUGAGGUAUCCAACGAGACAGCAACACGCAGCUAUGUCGAACUUUUCGUUACGGAUUGAGGCUGGAAAGACGAUUGCGUUUUGUGGUCCGUCUGGUGGUGGGAAAUCGACCAUCUUGAACCUUUUACAGCGUUUCUACGACCCUACUGCGGGACGGAUCACCUUGGACGGGCGUGACAUCGGCACCUUCCCAAUUGAAGAAUACAGAAAGUAUAUUGCUCUCGUCUCACAAGACGCAGUACUCUACGAAGGUACAGUCCGCUUCAACAUCCUCCUCGGCGCACCCGAAGGCAUGAACGUAACCGAAGAAGACGUUAAAGCCGCCUGCCGUGCUGCCAAUAUCUUGGACUUUGUCUCCUCCCUCCCCAACGGUCUCGACACCCACAUCGGUCUAAAAGGCGGGCAACUCUCCGGCGGCCAGCGUCAACGGAUCUGUAUCGCCCGCGCUCUCAUCCGCAAACCCACCAUUCUCCUCCUCGAUGAAGCCACUUCGGCGUUGGACGCAGAAUCUGAAUCACUAGUAUCUGAGGCAUUGGAGGAAGCAGGGAGGGAGAGGACGGUGGUUGUUGUUGCGCAUCGGUUGAGUACGAUUCGGAGGGCGGAUGUGAUUUGUGUCGUCGAGGAGGGGAGGAUCGUGGAGGUUGGGACGCAUGGGGAACUGUUGGCGAGGAGGGGGAGGUACUUUGAAUUGGUGGAGGCUCAG